UAUUUCAAUCUAUUUAUACCGCGUCUAGUGUUCUCUCUCCGCCAUCUUAGGUUACCGUGCAUUGUAGGAUGUAGGAGGGAACUGUCAGUUCGUCCGUCACUGCAUUUUUACGGGGUGUAUAUUUUAUAGUUACUGUAUCCAGUUUGCUAACGCAGUACAGUUACGCGAAUUAGAAAACGGUUUCUUUUCAUCCAACUUGACAUCCUUAAACGGUGUGGUUCGCUUAUAGUUAAUAUUGGGAAGUUCAGGCUCGGUCAGUUCAGGUCACAACGAUCGCGGCCAGAACGAAAGAGGACAUUUCCUCCAUUACCAUCGUGAAAUAUACGUAGCUGUAUAUUUCGUACUGAGCAAUAACAUCGAUUAUUCACCAACCUCUUGCAUUGAUUAAUCGAUAAAUGUAUUGGUCCCUCAAGUAGUGCAUUUAGCAGAUCUCCUGAAACCGUUAGAGAAAUUGAGUGCUCCUUAUACAAUUGAUUUCUGCAUAAUGAGACUGGAGUCAACCUACGAAAGACAUGGGGUUGAUCACAACCAGUGGAAAAACUUUUGCUAACGGGACAUUACGAUGCACGAAUAUGAAAGAAUAACAUUAAAGAGAUCACCAUGUUGCUGACGUGGAUAAAAUGAGGUUUUCAGCUAUACAAGAAGACGGGUACGGGCUUGGCUUGGGGCAAGACCGAUUCCCCAAUGAAGUUGACGAUAGCAUGAUGGCUGCCACUGGUGAUAUGGAUCCAGAUGGUGGCGGAUCACCAGAGGAAGGUUCCAUGAUAUCGAACCUUCCCCUUUUAUUCGCAAAUGGAUAUCCAACAUCGUUAGAAAAAAUCACCUUGUUGGAAUUGGAGCGAUUUAUUACAUUCAUGGUGCAAUGCUCUUUGGGACACGAUACCGCUGAAGUGAUCAGCCAACCUCAGUGGUGGCCUAAAGAAGUCAAGUUUUCGAGUCCUUUUGUGAGACCUAAAAAGGUCAACGACAAUUGGAUCGGGAGCUUGAAAAAACUCGUAUUCAGAUGUUACACGUAUCACAGAAGCGAGUACUUGCUACGCUUCUGUUCAUACCUAUCACAAUAUCCAAGAGAAAAUCUUGAAUAUGUUAACAACUGGGAUUCGACCACAAGCCUUUAUUUGAAGAGUACCAGAAAGCUUUUGGUGACAUUCCGUAAUGAGAAUAUGAAUUAUGAUAAAAAAAUGGAGAGUCCCCGGAAAAUGCUGUUACCCUUCAACAGUGGCACAUCUCCUUUCCCGAGUAAAACAAAACCAAUGCAGCAUCAACACUCGUCGAUGGUGGUGCAACCGCCAAAUGAUGAUAUAUAUUUAUGUGAUAAUUGCGACGCGGAACUCAUAGGUCUCGAUAAAAUGAAGGAACACGAAAGGAUAUGCUGCGAUCAAGAACAGAGUGGCAGCAAUUCGAGGCCCUCGACACCGGAUGUACUCUGCAUUCAGCCGGAAAUGGGACAAGAUCAAUUUUUAGCAUAUUUCGCAUUACUUCCGCCUGAAUCAGCAAAUAAAUCGUCUAGUGCUACUAAGCAAACAAGCAGUAAUCAGGUUAAUCCCAUUCGUUCUUCACGUCGAAUCCGGGGUGCGGUGAAUAUGACACGAUGUCCAACGAUUCCUUUCUCUUCGCCGGCCGGCAUUGCAAUGGCCAAAAAGUCGAAAAUGAUGACCGGGGGCAUACAGCAAGAGCGUUUAGAAAGGAUAGAACGACAUCUGACGGCACCGCCUUUGUUUGGCACGUCACGGCCGAAGUGGCUGGAUAGAGUAACCGAUGGCGAUAGGUGGAUGGUCUCUUUCAAGAAUACUCGUGACAGACUGGGAAAGGACGUUUAUUUUCACGAGUACAAGUUCCACAAUUUUAAAAACAAGCCUGUGCUCAAUUUGAGGUCGCAGUUGUUAUACGUAGCCUGUCGGCCGAUUUACGUCAGUAUGACGUUACUGAAUCAGGAGGAAAUACGGGAACUGCAGCGCGAUCCAUCCAAGUACAAAAGUCCGGUUCGACAGGUUCCGCGACCUAGGCCACGUUCAUUGAAGAGGAAAUAUAGUGCGUUUCGAUUAGGUCAUCAAAUGGACCAUGGAGACGAUGUCAUUGUCAUAGAUGACGAAGAGAUAGUGCCGGAGGAGAUGUCGAUGGCAACGCUAACGCCAAUUGGAAGUGCUUCGGGAAGUGUUCGUAGUCGAGCCAGGAAUAUUUCCAUGCCGCGGUCGAUGAAAAGGCAUCGGAGUAAAACAAAGCUUUCGAGGUCAACGGUUGCUAUUAUGGUCGUCGAUCUCUGUUCUUCCGACGAGGAGGAAAAUUUAAGUAUGCGAGUGUCUACGGACGAGAAUAAAGAUCCCAUGGACUGUUUAGAACCGGAAACGAGUUUAUCGCGAACGUUUUCCGCGAGCAAGCUUUGUCCGAAACCCUGCAUUUAUCCUGCCGACUCAAUGAACAAUAGAUUUGCAGGUAACAAUUUGACCGCGGAAAAUGACAAUCGUGGCAAUAAGUGUCUGAGUGAUGUUCUGAAACAUUCUUGUACGGGAUUCUCGCCUCUUCUUAGACAGACACCCUGAAGAUUGACUGACUUUAUUGUGUUAUAUCUGUUAUUUAUUACGUGCACAACAUUGUAACGAGCAAUUAAAUAAUCUCGCGCCAUCGUUACUACAAAAGGUGUUCCACUUUUGGAAAUAUACGAUGCGAAACAUCAAGGUCUAAACUGUAGCUAAAUACAAGAUACAAAGAUUAUAAAACUGUAAAUUAUGGAUAUAAUGGCUUUCUUUUUAAGUAGAAUUGAUAGAAAACAGUAACUUUUAACUUUACAACCUUUGUUGAUUUUUAGUGCUCUCCAUUGUUUACUGAUGAUUGUAAUAGUUUAAUUGAAUUUCCAUUGUCUGAAAGUCCACUAGGUGAACACCUAGUACAGUACAGCAAGCAACAGUAUCGCGAUAAGAAAAUCACUCAAUAGCGGUCGAUCAACGUACUACAAUGAACUUUACUGUAAGUACAAGCAGCCUUAGUUCGCAGUAAUUUUAUCUACGUCUUUCGAAUCAAUAUAUGCAUAUAGUUUUUUGUUUUCGUGUAUAUAUUGAAGUUGAUUUAAGAAAAAGAGGAGUUUUCCGUUUAUAGACUCAUCAGUAUCUUUAAGUGUACUGACGCUUAAAGCAAAAAGUUCUAAACUAUAUCAUUUUGAUUUUUAUAUUCAGUGGUCAACAGUUUAAGCAGUCGGUGUAAAUAGCGGAAAUUAUUCUUAUUUUGACUUUAAGCAGACGUGAGCGGCUCUUUGGUUUCUAGCAUAAAGUAAUAGUAAGGAGACCAAGCGAUAAGACACAUGAGAAUGAAAAAUGCAUCCAAAUUUUUUUUUUUUUUUUUUUAAGUACGAAGUAGUGACUAGAAUUUUCUUGGCUUACUGUUGGCCUUACUAUUAUUUUAUGUUUCCUAGCUUGGCAAAUCCUCUUUAAAAAAAUACACUCUGCGCUUUUUUGACUUAUGAUUAUAUUUGCCAUAUAUGUUAAGUAAACAUUUUCAUAUUACCAUUCUACAUCAUUAAAACCUAUAGAUUCUUUAUACCAUGAUUUUUCUGUAAGUAAUUUUAUUGACUAUUGAAAUACACAUUUAUUAUAUUAUUUGAUACAUAUACACUGACCUUACUUUGUUCACUGCAAAUGAUUUAUAGUUGCCUAAACCUGAAUUCAGAGCUGGAUUAAGGGAAAGGGGCUUCUAAAAUCAGAGAUACUUCUAUAUUCAGAUUUCUUUUUAGGAUAAUUUGUGUACGUCCAUAUGAAAAGGACAAAGGUCCAUUUCCGGUUGUUUCGGAGAUAUUAGUUUAGUUCGAAUAGAUUCAGCAUAGGUCCUACUAUCAACCCCCCGCUAAAAUCAGAAAAUCAUCAUUUUGAUUCUGACUUAUCGGCCCUUUUAAUAUGGAUGUAGACAACUAGGACGCUUGGGUGCAAUAGCAGUGUCCUUAUAUUUUUAGAAGUCGCUUAGUUUUUAUUUUUGUACAUAAUUUCACAGGGUGUCUACUGUGCGGGAAUUUAAGGAAAUUCGUAAAUUGUCUGAUUUUAUUUUUGAUGCGUGAAGUGUAUUUUAUUUCCUUAUGAUUUGCCAUUUUACUGGCCUUUUGAGCUACCUACGCUACUUUUUUCUUACCUUCAGUUUAAAUUCUUCAAAGUUAUUUAAAAAAAUAUAUUUUAAGUAAAUUGUAAUAUUGUAAACCGGCAGUAUUUUCCUUCAUUUGCAACGGAGGGCCCUUUCAUUGUUGUGAGAUUAGGUCUGUUAUAGAAACAGAAACGAUGAAAAAUGGCUCAAAUCUUCUCGUCAUUAUUUAAUGAAGCUAAUGCAGCCUGUUAAAAUUCGAUUUAUUAAUAUUUUACCAAAUUUUAAUUUUUCUCAAGCAGCUCUAAUCUCUCUUGGAUUCCAGUAUUGUGAAAAAAAACUGUAGGGUGGCGGCCUUGCCGCUGCCCCGAAAGUGCGAUCAAUUUUUGGCAUACGCUGGUAUAAAUGGUUCUGCCUUAAAAGGGACCUUAUGUUUAUAAGCGAGAAAAGACAGGAAUUGUCGGUAAAUCUCGUGGACAAAACUUGGUAGACACCCUGUUUCAUGAAGAACAAAUGCGAAAGUUUGGGAUGUGAAUUCAUUCCGAAAUCUGCACCCGAUUCAAUCCAGAAGAAGUUUCCAAUCCUUCUCAAUUCGAUUAAAUCCUAAACUUACCUUUCAGUUCUUUUUGACCAGAAUGAAUGCGAACCCACCUUUUAAUCCAUGACUUCAAUUCGAAUGAAUCAGACUUAUCUGGCUGACUUUUUAAUACUCAAUUCGGUGCGUCCUCGAAGUUGAAUCAGACAGCAAUACAGAACAUUUUUUCAGUCAUACGUCCAAUCCGAGGCACUUCGGACACUCAAUUUUUCUCAAUCCGGAGUUCAAUCCAAAUGAAUCUAGGACCAAUCGGAGGUUGCAGUCCCAUAAAGGUAGAUUAGUGGAAGUUUUGACCAAUCCUUUAUAAUCCAUACCUUGUGGCGUAAAGUAAGUGAGUGGCAAGCAGACCAGUUUAACAAUGUUACCGAAAGUUACUAUAAAUGACCGAAAAUCUAAUAGGAAUUCUGGUUUCAACCUCGGAUCAGGUUAGAAUGAAGCUGAUUGCUUCGGAUACGUAUUUCGAGAUACCUCCAACAUAUUUUGCUUCAUCAAUUUCUUAUGGGAAUAGGGCUGAAAUAUAUAUCGGCCCUGAGCCCUCAUUUACCUUAAUCCGGCUCUAUCUGGAUUUGCAUCCCCUUGUUAAAAACUCAUUUUUUUAAUGACGAUUUAAACGCAUGUUCAUUUAAAAAAACAUCUUGUUAAUAGAUAAAAUUAGAACUAGCGAGGAUUUAGUAUUAAGGCCCAAUAAACAUCUGUUGUAUUAAAAUCAAAAGCAGCUCGUAUUACUGUAUAAGCAUAAGCAUGUACCGAGUAGGAGCUUAAGUAGAUUUUAAACAUUCUCAUAUUUUUAUAUAACUUUACGUACUCCGAACCGAUGAUUUUAAUACUGUAUAAAUCUAUUACAAUCUCAAAAUGUGCAAUUUUGACUGGAAGUUAUUUCUUGAUGGUGUCAAUAUUGCAUAAGAUUAUAUUCCCUUCAACCGGAUAUAUGUUGAUGUGAACAGGCUCAUACUCUGCUAAACUUAAUAUUGAAGUUAAGUAGAGUUAUUUUUUUAAACAUUGUAUUUCGUCAACAGCAAUGUUUCGACUAAACUCAACGAAUUUGGUACAAUAUGAAGUAUUUAAUUUUGCCUUAUAAAACUCCUUGAAAAAUGUAAAUAGUUCAAUUAAAGGAUAUAAAUAAGGUCCCUGCUAAUGACAAGAGAAAAAUAAAGGCUUUCGAAAACAAA